AUGACAGAGUCUAAUAAAAUACUAACCCCCGAAUAUCUAGACUGGCAUGCCAAAUUAAGUGGAUUACCAAGCGUUUUGACGGAUAAGAUUCGUUCCAAAUUAUACAAAAAAUAUAAAAAACAAACUGGAAAUGAGCCAUGGCAACUAUCGGAAGCUGUGAUAGAUAUGUUAGCAGAACCUUGCUUUAGCGCCUCCGGUCAAGCCUCUGAUUUCAAGCCUAUCACUUUCGAAGCCAGACCCAAUCCAGAAUUAAUUAUCAAAUCCGUCUUAGAGCACUUCCCAUACUUGAAAUUCCGAAAUAGUUUUAGAAGGAUUGAUAAUUAUGAUUUUACAUCACCUCAGCCGUAG